AUCAAAACAAUCUUAAUAAAAGCUUUAGCUAGCACACGGCGCGAUGAGUUCUGCAUUUAGUUCCGGCGAUAGCAUUGUGCAAAAUCAAGUUCCUGCCACGGCCAACGACCGACUAGGCCUGGCCGACAUCUGGAAUGCUGAGCAAAGGGAUCGCUGCCUUCGCUGGAUACAGAAACACAACCUGAAACGGGUUGCGCUACAGCUGCCGGACAGUGCGCUGCACCAUAGUGUACAGAUCGUGAGCGAGCUGCGGGAUGUUGCCGGCGACUCCGAGCUGGCCCUGUUCGUGCUCGCCGAUACCUCGUACGGCAGCUGCUGCGUGGACGAGAUUGCCGCGGCCCACGCAAACGCGGACGGCAUCGUGCACUUUGGGCACGCGUGUCUCAGCAAGGUCGCACGCAUUCCGGUGCUGUACGUGUUUCUGCAGCUCACAUUCGACGAGGAGCAUCUGCUCGCAGCCCUUUCGCAAGAGCUGCCCGACUGUACCGUGGCGCUGCGCUGCUUUUACGAAGUGGCGUACGCGAAUGCCGUGGCCAGGUUCCGGGCCGCGCUUCUGGCACGGUAUCCGAACGCGACGGUCGCCACCGUUGCCGAGCCGGACCAACAGGCGGACGUACUCUGCUGGAAGCUGGACGAGGGAGCGCGUCCUCCGAACAGCGAACGGCCAGUCCUGUACAUUGGGCGCGAUAAUUUAAGCUUCUUCAACACGGCGGUUGCCCUCGAGACGUCCCAGUGCUAUUUGUACGAUACGAGCCGGCCCGAUCGGCAGCUCGUGCGCACCGAUGCGGUCGGUGCGAAGUGGCUGCGGCGCCGGUACUACGCCAUCGAGCGAUGCAUGGACGCACGGUCGAUUGGAAUCGUUGUGGCGACCCUGUCCACCAAGGGCUACCUGGAGAUAGUGUCGCGUGUGCAGCGGCUAGCCAAGGCACGGGGCGUCCGUACCUACCUCAUCUCGAUCGGGAAGGUCAAUCCGGAAAAGCUGGCCAACUUCAUCGACAUCGACUGUUUCGUGCUGGUCGGCUGCCCCGAGAACGACGUGUUUACGUCGCGCGAGUUCUUCCGCCCGCUGCUGUCGGUGUUCGAGGCCGAGAUGGGGCUGAACGUGACCUGGAGGGAGAAGCUGCUCGCGUCCUACACGAUCAACUUUGCCGAUCUGCUACCGGACGGGCGGCUGCACUCGGACGUGGAAGAGGUGGCGGCACUGGCCCGGGAGGCAAACGACACGGCCGACGUUAGCCUGGUCACGGGACGGGCGAGACACGUCGCGGUGCGGCAGGAAGAGGAAACUACGGCUGCGAAUGACACGUGCACGGAUGUAGCGCCCAAGGGAAGGAACGAGCUGGCCCAGAUCAGCUCGGCCGACCAGUUCAGUAAUCGAUCGUGGCAGGGAUUGGAGCAGAAGCUGGGCCAGGACGCUCCCGCGCAAGUGCAGGAGGGUCGGUCCGGGAUACCGAUCCGGUACCAAAACGAUCCCAUAGACUAGGAGUGGGUUAGGAGAACGGCCGUUUGCAUCGGACCCGAUUAGAUUCUGUUUGUGGAGUUGGUCUAGGAUAGGUUGUUAAAUAUAAUAAAAGUUUUCUUAUUUUUA